UAUUCGAGUUCCAGACAACACAAUAGAAUUUUGAUGACAGGGCGAGUUCAUGUCAGACAACGCCUCUCGUGACGUGGAUAACUUUUGUUAAUGACCCGCCUUCUCUCACAAAAUAAUUAUUUUUAAUGCCAUGUCCGGGAGUAUGGACGAGAGUAUAUAUUGCUGAUGCCGCCCUGUGUUCAGACAUUCCGAGGUCUCUCCUCUACGAACCACGUGAUCACAUCGAGAAGUACAGACGUAUCGAUAUGGCCGCCUCACGCUCACCUCGUCUCACAAUCGUGAUGCUACUGGCUCUCACCUGUGUGGCGACUGUCACCUUGGGUGGCUGUCCUGUGGAGAGAGGUUACGUGCUUUGUGACAAUCGUUGUCUGAAGCUGUACACCAUCAAGCAGGACUACCAGACUGCCAAAACGCGCUGUGAAGCUGAUGGAGCUCAUCUCUUUUUCUUCAAGUCACGUGAUCAGGACGUCCCGGCCUUGCAGUAUCUGUUGGACACGAGGGGUGAAGUUCUCCAGGGUAUAGCCCAAGGUUUAUGGGUUGGAGCAACUGACAUUGAAGUGGAGGGACAGUUUGUGUGGAGUGACAACUCCUGUGUGCCGACAAAUACCGGACUCUGGGCCCACACUCAACCGGACAACUAUUUGAACAACGAGGACUGUGUUGUAGUCGGCAUCUCGAGCGGUAUCAUGCUCAACGACCUUCCCUGCUCGUCGAGAAAUGGAUAUGUCUGUCAGGUUGACAUAUAGAAGCAGUGAAUGACAAAUAAUGAGCUGUCAACACUACGUUAGUAACGGUCAGUCCGCUGGUCUCAGUCUCCUACUUUUACCAUGGCACACUGGUCAUGUUACAAUUUGACGAAAUAAAGCAAUAUUGAAA